CUGAAAAACGGGCCAUGCGCUCUGGGAGAUGUUAGUACGCGGGGAAUAUUUGAGAUCGACUCUGUUGUUUUAUCGACGGAAGCAUUUUUAUGUUGAUUUCAAGUUGUAAGGAUGCGUACUUAGAUGUUGUGAAGUUCUGUCGCCGCGGGAAUGGAGGCACAGGAUCUGCUGGUCAUUGUUGGGUUCGUAUUAUGGUCGAGUUUGACGCGGGUUCUCGGAGAGGCGGUCACUGUGCAGACGACACUUGGAAAGAUCGAAGGAUUCAGGAGAAGGGAUGACUAUGGCUUAGAUAAAACUACAACGACUGUGGACAGAUUCUUUGGAAUUCCAUUUGCAGAGCCUCCUGUUGGCAAAUUAAGAUAUGAGAAUCCUCUCCCAGUACGACCAUGGCGUGGCACCCUGCGCGCCACCAAGCGGUCAGCUAUCUGCUGGCAGUACCAGUCAUCCUUCUACUCCAUAGUCAAACUACCCUAUAAGAUGGACAUGGGUGAUGACUGCCUUUACCUCAACAUAUUCUCUCCAUAUGAGGUGACUUCCCCCAAUACCACCUAUCCCGUGAUGGUCUACAUCCACGGCGGAUCAAAUAUGGUCGGCUCCGGAAACUACUUCGAUGGUCAUGUACUAGCCCAAUUCGGCGUUGUAGUGGUAACGAUGAACUUCCGGUUGGGACCAAUAGGGUAUUUGACGACGGGUGACGAGCGCUUCCCAGGAAACCGUGCCUUCUACGACCAACUGUUGGCGCUCAGAUGGGUACAGAUACACAUUGCUCGAUUCAGGGGCGAGCCGGACAGAGUCACGUUGUUUGGUAACAGUGCGGGAGGGUGGAAUGUAGGAUUUCAUAUGCUAUCGCCACUUUCCAAAGGUUUAUUCCAUGCUGCUGUCGUCCAGAGUGGCUCCGUCCUCAUGGACUGGGCCAUGAAGACCAAACAUGAGGUCCGACAAUUCUUUGACCAGCUAGCAACAGAUGUGCAUUGCAAAACCAAUUCUGUUGAAGAACGUAUCAGGUGUCUGAAGGACACGGACCCGUUAGAGUUGUGCGAAAUGGGCAUGGCUUACUUUGGAAAUUACCCUGACGGUGACGCUUUACCUGGCCGCGUUAUCGAUUUGAUAAAAGAAGGCAAAGUCGUCAACAAAGUUCCUGUGAUGAUCGGCGUCACGGCAUACGAAUGGUUGAGGUUCUCCUCUUCAAGACAUCUUCCUACGAACUGGUCUGGGAGCAUGGUUGAAAAUCGUAAUUUAGCCAAGUUCAUGAUAAGCCUGUAUAGCCUCAAGUUUAGCGCCAGGAUUCUGGAUGUCAUUAAUUACGUUUAUAAGGAUUGGAGUGACCGAUACAAUCAGACAAAAAACGUCCUACGCGCUUUUCAGGCCGCUGGCGACAUGCAUAUGACCUCACCGAGCAUAAAACUUGCGAGCGAGUUGGAUAGACUGGGCAUCCCGACCCGGUUCUACUUCUUUGACCAUCCAGUCAAAAUGAACAUUCCCGACCCUGACCUCAAAGAAAUGCGAUGGAUUGGCAACUACAGCUACCACGAGACCGAAUUACCUCCCCUGUUCGGUGUGCCCUUCACACAGGAGAAUCUCAUAUCGGUAUGGCACGACGGAAACUAUUCAGAUGAAGACAGGAGGGUCAGUCGCCAGAUGAUGACCAUGUGGACGAAUUUUGCCAAAUGUUUGGACCCCACCCCACAUCAGUCGAUAAACAAGUCAGUGCCUGUCGAAUACGAUUGGAAGCCAUUCAAACCAGCCACCACGGACUACUUUCAUAUCUCCAGACACAAACUCGUCACCAAGCAACACCUCCGGGCCAGGGAGGUGGCACUUUGGAACAGACUUGUCCCUGAAUUGCUUGCCUCGGAAAACAUUACUGAUUUACAGUGGAUAGAUAUCAGCUUCGAUAAUGAUAGUACAAGUACUUACAUGACAAUUUCUUGGGUACUUGCUGGAGUUAAUGUUUUACUUUUCAUAAUAGGAGUGAUUUUGAUAAUAGUUAUAUGCAGGCUACGGCGACGAAGGCGGAAGCCGCCGUGCUCUGCCGGUAAGAACGGUAAGAAAGAGGAGGCAUAUGGAUUGCAAAACACGAAUGCUCAUGUUUGAGUGACUUUUCAAGCGGCUUAUUUGAGUCAGGAUUCAUCCUUAUACGCACAUCAGAUUUUCUAUCAAGAUACCACCAUUUUGUUUUUUAUACGUCCCCAGUUCUUGGUAAGGACUAGGGACAAUGCCGCCCAGUUUAUCCCUGAUCACUGGUAGUGUUUCGAGGGCGUGGCGAUGUCAAAACCUGAAUGGUCGAGAUACAUUGUACGCCUGAUGUGGCCACGGUUUUCAAUUCCUAACAGCUUUGUCUUUUCCACGAAAUAGUCAUGUGCAAACUCACUGUUCGUAAUUCCUGCAGUAUUGGAACCUCCCUGUUAGCCCAUGUACUGUAACAGUGGAAGUGGACGUUUGUGUAUCGGUUUGUUAGGUUCGUUUUCUCAAUUCUCUUGUUGCGUUAGGCUGUCUGUCCGUGCUGUGUUCCGAUGUGUGAGUUGACUUUUUCUGUUUCUACCCAUUCUCUCAGGGAAAUGUCGUAAAAAUGGAUUUAUUUACUUUAUUGGUUAUGUAUGCUAUUAAUUGUAAAUAUGUACAAAGAGUUGUGAGUGACAUCUAUCCUUUUAUCGCGUAUGACCGAUUCCAGCAAUAAUUUUGACUGACAAUUCAGAAGCCCGUGUAACAUUUUUGAGUGUUACGUUUCCGGGCAUUUCACCUCGUUGUUUGGGAAUCCUGAUAGAUAGUUUGACAUGUUUUCUGUGUUCCCCUUCCCUAGCUGUCUAUUUUCUAUGGAAACUCCAGAUCCGGGAAACAAAUGUUACGCAAUUCGUUCUCCGUCUUCUGGGCACCUGACCUCAAUCUUGAACGACGUUGGUUGCAGACAUUCGUUUUCCGUCUUCUGGGCACCUGACUUAAUCUUUAACGACGUGAGUUGAUGCCAUUCGUUCCGAGCCUUUUGGGUAUCUUGUACAUCGCUCAUUGACAUUUUUAUACCCCGGCCUGUUCAUUACUCCGUGACAUUGUUUUGUACAUACAUAACUGUAUUUUGCACCAUAUCGAAUGAAUGAAAUCUCAAAAAACACAAA